AUGGCGCAAGGCAAUCUGGUCACCUGGUCCAUCAAGGAGGGGCAGGAGGUUGCGCCGGGGGAUGCGAUUGCCGAGGUGGAGACCGACAAGGCCACCAUGACGUGGGAGAAUCAGGACGACGGCUUUGUGGCCAAGCUUCUGGUGCCGGAAGGUGCGCAGGGCAUCGAGGUGGGCGCACCCGUCGCAAUCCUGGUGGAGGAGCAGGGGGACAUCGCCGCCUUCAAGGAGUACGCAGGGCCCUCCAGCUCCCAUGCGGGCGGGGGGGGUGGCGCGGGACAGGGGGAGGCUGCUGCCGGCAGAGCCCAAGCGGUCAGCGGUCCCACGAGCGACCGGCUGGGCCCCGCCGCCCGUAUGCUCCUGAGCGGCAGCGGAUUGGGCCCCGGCGACGUCACGCCCACCGGCCCGCAUGGCAUCGUCACCAAGGGCGAUGUCCUGGCGGCCCUGGCCUCCGGUCAGGCCCCCCGGGCCGCAUCCACUGCCACGGAGGGCACGGAGCCCGCCGCGAAGCCGGCUGGCAAGGAGGGCACGGAGGCCGCUGCCAUGGCGCCGGCCGCCAAGGAGGCCGCCAAGCCGGCCUCAAGCGCACCCGCGCCUGCACAGGACCCCGCUCCCGCCUCGGGGCGCCGGCGCAAGACGCGUGGCGGGCACACCGACGUGCCCAACUCCCAGAUCCGGCGCAUCAUCGCCGCGCGUCUCUCCGAGUCCAAGUCCACCAUCCCCCACCUCUACCUCUCUGCCGACGUGGACAUGGACGCGGUGGCGGCGCUGCGCGCAGGCCUCAAGACCCAGGGCCUGAAGCUGUCGGUCAAUGACUUCGUGGCGGGCCUCAUCACGCCCAUCGUGCGCGGCGCUGAUGCAAAGUCACUGCCGGACGUCGCCGAGGAGGUGCGGGAGCUGGCCGCGCGCGCGCGGCGUAACCGGUUGAAGCCCGAGGAGUUCCAGGGCGGCUCCUUCAGCAUCUCCAACCUGGGAAUGUAUGGCAUCGACAGCUUCUCAGCCAUCAUCAACCCGCCGCAGGCGUGCAUCAUGGCGGUGGGGGCCAGUCGGACGGUGACGGUCAUCGGCGCCGACGGCGUGCUCGCCACCAAGUCGGUCAUGCGGGUGACGCUGUCCGCAGACCACCGAGUGUACGACGGCGAGAUUGCUUCGGACCUCCUGGCCGCCUUCAAAGCCAAUCUGGAGGCUCCCUUCAAGCUCCUGCUCUGA